AUAGUUGACUAUCCAGUCAACAACGUUCCAUCCAAGCCAUCAAAUGUCAAAAAGUGAUCUAGCUAGUACCUAACCUACCUACUCACAAAACAAACAAAUCUACAAAAUGUUAGAUUAAUUUCAAUAUUGUGUAAAAUAAACUUACAGAAUUGUUCCAUAAAUAAAAUUAGUUGUGAUAGAAUUUAAACCUGCUUAAAAUAAAACAUUUGUCAGGAACUUACUCUUCAUAUUUUAUAUCCUCUUGUCAUCAGUUUUAUAACCUGAGGUUUUGAUGAUGAUAAAGCUAACAACUGGAUAUAAGUGAGAGCUACCUAAAUGGCUAUUAACGAUAUAUUUGACAGGUUAAAUAGACUUACUCAUGAGGAUGGGGUGAAAGAAUAUACAUCUGCCCUAGUUAAUAAUUUGACUAAUUCUGAAAGUUUUAAGCUACUAAAAAUUUUCUACACUAAAAUAUUUAAAGAAAUUGAUGACCUGUCAACUGCAAUCAGGAAGGAUGAUAGUAUACUAAUAAGUGUUAAACAUCAAAAGUUAUUGAGAUCAUGCUUUCAAUUGAUAACAUCACUGAAUGUUUUACCUUCUCUUCUUCCUGGGCUUGGUGUAGAUAUAUCAAAGAGGUGUCCAUCAGCCACUACAGUGCCUACAUUGGCUUUAAGUGAUGAACAAAAAUAUGAAAUGUUGGUUGACUGUGCUGACUUUUUUACUAGAUGUUAUGAAGUUUCAGUGUUGAAAAAUAUCAUUAUUACUCUGCAUUUGGUUGAUUACUUGGCUAUGUUGAUUCAAUUGUCAUUUGCCCCAUUCAAAAAACCUGGGGUGUACACUGACUAUACCAUGACACAAGUGAAAUAUGAUGCUCUUAGCAGUGACCGCCAGAAAUAUCUUCAAGUUUAUAAACAUUUGGUAACACAUUGCUUUCAACCUACUCUAAUGAAAGAAUUGCUUGUCCUUCAAAGUGUAAUUAACCCUUCCCCUCCUGCAUUUGUGAAAAGAGUUGUGGCUAAAGAAAUGAGCCAAAGACUGAUGGCACCAGGAGGCUUGCUGAGCCUCAUCAGAUGCUUUAUUGAGAGCUUCAAUGUUGAUUCUGGAUGUGAAUGGAGAAAAAUUGAUGUGAUUUCAAAGAUAGUUUCAACCAAGCAUGGUAGUGGAACUGAAGAGCAAUACUUACAAAAUAUAUGCUCUCAAAUCAUACAAAUAGUAUCCCUGAACAACACACAUUAUCUUGCCACUGCAGCUGCAUGUGCUCUUAGUCUUCAUGAAAAAUACCCUCAGGUUGAGUGUAUUACUAUCCUUAUCAAAGAAAUAUUCCAAUCUUUUAAUACAGAAAUUUUAAACCAAAAAGCUAGCUUACCUGGUACUAUUGUAUUAUCUUCUCAAGAAGUAGAACAUAAAAUAAAUAUUCUAUUUGCUAGUGUGUGUGCAUGUAAGAUUGAUUGCCCAUUUUCACUUUUACGUCCAAAUCUAUUUGUACUUUUCUUACUUGGUGUAAACUGCACUAAGAAUGAGGAUUUGAAAAUAAAACUCAAAGACACUAUCUUAAAAUGUCUAGAACAGGGAAAUAAAGAUGACGUCCAAUUGCUAAUGACCCAAUUUUUGUUUGGGCAAAAUCUUGACUUGAAAAUUGACAUUGAAGAGUAUGAUGCUGGGUUAGCUAUAAAAUGUAAAUCAUCGACUACAGUGUAUCCAAAGGAAGAAGCAUUAUUAUAUUUCUUGAGUUUAUUUAUGGUUGCAACUGAUAGUACAUUCAUUGAAGGUGUGUUUGAAGUUUCAUUACAAAUGCUUAUUGAUUUAAAUAUAAAAAGGUUAAAUAAACCUAAAAAGGAUUUGCUUGGUCUGGAAAAUGAUAUGGAAAUUUUGGACAAUAUUGAUGAAGAGUAUGUUAUUGUACUGCAGCUACUUUCCGAGAUAUCUACAUGUCCUAAGGUCAUCUCUUCUUUGAAAUCAAAUCCAGGGAUUGUUUUAAAUUUUAUUGAACAUUUCAUUAGAAACACCAAGCAAAACUCAAGUGAGGAAUGUACUGCUAUAAGUCUAGUUCUCUUGAACACUAUACUGUCAAAUUCUGAUAAAACGAAUAAUUUUGCCCACAAGAUACAUGACUUGGUCCCUAUAUUAAAAACAAUGUCUGAAGAGGAGUCAAGUUACAAUAGUAUUCUAUGUAAAGAAGCAUUAUGUCUGCUUACAAGCAAAGAUAAACAUAAAUCUGACACAGAGUUUGGAAAAGCAAUAAGAGAUAUGUUUGAUGAACUGAUGCCUGUUCAGGCUCAUGGAAUAAUUGCAUUAACAAAAUUGAUUGAUGCUAGAGACCCGGAGACUAUAUCUAAAAAAUAUUAUGUGUUCUGCCUCUUACAAGAGCAUCUUAAGAAUCCAGACUCUUACAUGUACUUGUCUGCAGUAAAUGGUAUUGCAGCACUGGGCGCUCACUGCACAGAAGAUGUUCUGUUUGUCCUAUGCAAGGAGUUCCUUCAAAUGUCCAUUGAAGAUGGUCUUCAAAGUAAAGAUGACCAAAACAAGAUAGCAGAAUUAAGAAUGAAAAUUGGUGACAUCAUUGUGAAAGUGACGAAAAGACUUGGCGAUAUGGCUAUAGUUCACAAGACAAUAUUAUUGAACACGAUGCUGUGUGGAUGUCGUGAUGCCGACCCUCUGAUCCGAACAUCAGCGUUGUCCAACUUGGCUGAGAUCGCUCUUGUGUUACAUUACAGGAUUGGGACCAUCAUUUAUGAGGUUCUGCAUUGCAUUUGGAGUAUAUUGGAGACAGACAAUGCAAUAGAGUGCAGAAGAGCAUCAGUAAUGGUGAUAGCCAGCUUAAUCAAAGGUUUGGACAGGGAGCUGCUUGUGGGGUUAAAAGACAAUUUGCUACCAGUAUACAGAACUCUAAAAGCCCUAUACAGAGACCCUGAUGAAGAUUCUGUUCUAAGGCUCCACGCUCAAUUAGCCUUGGAAGAACUCAAUGACAUCGUCAACGACUUUAUGUUCCCCGAGGUGAAGAUAGAAAAACAAAUAUUUGUGUUAGAUAAGCCACAGGAUAUAUUCAAAUAAAAGAAAAGUACAUUUA